UACUUGCAACGCAAGAUGCGCUGAUCAUAGGGACGCUUAAUUUUUUUGUUCAUCUGUUCGUUUAUUGUCUCUCAGAUUAUCUACUUGUGUUUUACACGUGAUAGUUGCUCAAAUUUAAUUUUGAUUUUUUUUAAUGAAUCUAAUUGGCGUUCAUUUUGGUGCGACUAUUUAAAUUAGUGCGAUUGACGGCGCGCGAACGAGAGAGCCAAGGGACAGAAAAAGAGCGGCGUCAACCAAGUGGACAACGACAACGUAGAAGCAACAGAACAGCGAAAAGACGAUAUAAGAAAGGAAGGUUUCAUUUGAAUGGAUAUGAUGCGGUGGAAGAGUUUCAAUCUGCUGUUAUGGGCUGUGGUUGGGACUUAUGGUCAACUAGAACAAGAGACGCCAUUGUACAACAAACCGCCCCACAUAAUCGUCUUCAUGGCUGACGAUCUGGGAUGGAACGAUGUGGGUUUUCACGGUUCGUCACAAAUCCCGACACCGAACAUAGACGCGCUUGCCUACAACGGCAUCAUUCUAAACAAGCAUUACGUGCAGCCCUCGUGCAGUCCGACCAGAGCGGCUUUUCUCACAGGCCAAUAUCCUCUCAGAAUGGCGAUGCAAGGGAGUGGAAUUCGGGGCGGCGAGCCCCGCGGCAUUCCAUUGAGCGUGAAAAUCUUGCCGGAGUGCCUGCAAGGACUUGGCUACACUACGAAGCUCAUUGGCAAGUGGCACGUUGGUUAUCACACGCCACUUCACACACCGAAGCAUCGUGGUUUUGACUUUUUCUUCGGAUUUUACAAUAGCUACGUUGGCUACUACGACUACCGGUACACGCAAGGUAACAUGUCUGGUUUCGAUAUGCACCUGAACAACAAUCCAGCUUACGGCAUGGAAGGUGAAUACUUGACCGAUCUACUGACCACAGUGGCCAUCGAUGAAAUCGAACGUCACGAUCCGACUCAGCCACUUUUCAUGCAGAUCAAUCAUUUGGCGCCUCAUUCACCGCUCGACGUGCCUAACGAGUAUCUGUAUGACGAGGAGCUUCGACACAUCAUUGAUCCUAAUCGACGUAAUUAUGCAAAAAUGGUGAUGAAGUUGGACGAAUCGCUCGGCCGUGUCAUGUCCAAAUUGGGGGAUCGGGGAUUGUUGCAGAAUUCCGUGAUUGUACUCUUCAGCGAUAACGGCGCUGCGCCGAUUGGCAAGUUCCGUAAUUGGGGUUCUAAUUGGCCACUUAGAGGCACAAAGUAUACGCUGUACGAAGGUGGCGUACGUAGCGUAGCUGCAAUUUGGUCACCAAGAUUAGUCAGCAAAGGUCGGGUUUCCGAACAACUGUUCCACGUGACUGAUUGGUUACCAACUCUGUACUCAGCAGCCGGUGGUGAUCUGCAUGAUCUUCCACCGAUCGACGGUGUCAAUCAAUGGGACGUAUUGAGUAUCGGCACUGGCAAUGUACGCGACCGCAUUCUUCUAAACAUCGACGAAGUCACCAGAACUGAAGCUGCCAUUUAUCAGCGUUUUAAGCUCGUCAGAGGUUCACUAUUUCGCGGCUACUACGACAACGUUGAAAGCGAUACAGGCCGCGGUCGUGACGUACCACAAUACAACACGACCAAAGUACUGCAGAGUGCAGUGUCCGAUGCGAUACGUCAGCAUCUCGGAGGACCGGUCAUUCAAGCGAGUAGUAUGUGGCAUCUUCAAGCUCAGGCGACUGUCUUGUGCAGGCCAAAUAUCACCAAUAUGCUCUACGUCAAUCGACCAACUCUCACGUCGUGCAACGACAGCGAAUGUUUGUUCGAUCUUAGCAGCGAUCCUUGUGAAACCAAUAAUAUUGCUAAGAGUUAUCCUAAGUUUACAGAAGAUUUGAAUCAGUACAUUCAACGUUAUCGUAACGUAUUGCAACGCCAGUUAGAGCUGCCGGUGGAUUACAAUGCGGAGCCACGUCGUUGGAACUACACAUGGCAACCGUGGCUCGGCGGUGUCUACGAUAGCUAUUAUACGUCUUUUUAUCAAAACGCUGGCUCGACUUUUGGCGGCGUUGCAGUUUGUGCUCAUAUUGGUCUGGCUUUUAUUAUCAUCGGAUUGCGCACGUUCAUCUGACUUCGUGCUAAUCCUCAAGACAAAUCCAAUUGCAAACGAUGUCCCAAGUGCCGCGAUCGUGGUAACAAGGAAAAAAACGAUACGAUAAGAUGAACGGAUAACGAUACCCGAAGUGUCUAUGAAAAUUGAUAUAUAGAAGAUUAAAACGCAAUCAUAUUUGAUGCACAACGAAAGACUCUGACGUGUGUUGAAUUUCAAUUAGCGCUGCGAGCUCCGUAUACUAUUACCAAAAAAAUGUAAGCUUUCUUUUUCUACUGCAAUUGAAAAAGAAGUUUAUGAAAGAUAAAUGAACGUCUACAUACUUUAUUUAAAUACAUUUUAUUAUAAAAAAUUCUUAUUAUCAUAAAUAUUCAUAUGUAUUUAAAAUCGCAAAAAGUGAUGAUUCUUUGUUAUAGUUGUCAAGGUGAGCUUGUUUGGACUUCUUUCAUUUGCUCUUUGAGAAUAAUGUUCAAAAUACAGUGCUGUUUAUUAUUCGAAACUCGUUGUACCGGUUUAUGUAAAUUUUUUCCAUGAAGCGUUUUGUAAUUAUUAUUAUUAUUAAUUGCAAAUUUUACAUUACAUAUAUAUAUAUAAUGAGUAUUAUUUACGCUUAAGAAUUUUGAAAACCAAAACGUUAUAGAGAGUAGUUUCAUAAAUCAGAUGAUCAUAUGUAAAAAAAAUAGAUACAUCUGUAUCGGAUAUUAUUAUAGUAUUGUAAAUGGUUAAGCUUAAUAAUUAAUAAAUAAGUAACUCAAAAUUUUAUCAGAUCGUAACUUAACUUCUUAAAUUUUAAAUAAAAUUUAAAAAAUGUGGCAACUUAUUUCGCCCCGUAUUAUUUUCCAUUCAUUACGUUUGAAUGGAUAAUCAGCCAGUUUCAAAGAUCUUCCAUUUCGCUCAAUAUUUAUGCUGAUUGCUUUGUCGAUCUCCUUUCAUUGGUUUACUUACAAAACAUUCAUCGGAAACGAUAAUACGUAUAAAUUUGUUUAAUGAAUACACUUGGUGAAUAGUAUUUAUAACAAUACUUGUCAGAAUUAAAGGAAAAGAAAAUAUUGACGGUCAGUCAUGAAUUACCAAUUCCUGAUUUUCCGUGAUUAUCGAGCACUAAUGUGCUGGCACGAAAUUAUUUGUAAUGCAAUUAAGUUAAUUUCGUAGUAAAUUUUCUUUUUCUCAAUGUCAAUAUUGAUUUCUUUUUCA